AUGUCGAUCUCCCAGCUCGACAUCGUCUACAACACACUGUCCAUCUCGCCGAGCAAGUCGCGCGAUGCCCACGUCGUCAUCAUUGGCGGGACUGGUUUCGCUCGCCGGGCGGCCGGAGUACGUGUGUUCGUUCUACGGCGGCACCGCAUGCUCGUGGUCCCAAAGGUCCCGAGGAAGCUGCAGUCAGACGAGGGCAUCCACGCGAUCUUCCUGACCGCCCAAGUGCUGUACCCGACCACGCCCGGCAACCACACCAAGCGCAGGGUGGGCCAGCUGCCUCAGCUGAUCGACUCGGAGUAG